CUUCAAUUCGACUUACCAAAAACACAUCAUUUCAUUGUCCUCAAGAUAUACUUCAACUUGAUUGUGAUCAGACUAAAGUCUCGCAUCCAACUCUUCCGAUGGCCGGAGCAUCUUCUGUUGAGUCAAUUUUAAAGCGAAUCAUAGAACGUGCUCAAGAAUGCCUCGCUCAUCCCUCUGUUCUGGCAUCGUCAUUCGCACCUCAAUCAUGCUCUCCACGACAACAACCUAUUGCUAAUAUUUCCCUGCCUGACCCACCCUCAAUAUACUCUGCUCUCUUGGCUGCUGGUGCCUGUCACGACAUUUCCUUGGCGAUAAACCAGGCAUACCAGACGCGAGCUGCUGAAUUGCGAGCUUUUUGCCACUCGGCUGUAGCACGCGUGUACUCAAAUCAAGCGCAAUAUCCAUCCAAAUUUCGCUAUGUUCCUGGGCAAAAAGUCUUGCCCGUAUUCACAGAGUUAUAUCUCAGACAGCUUUCUACUUGGAGACAAGAAUGUAUUGACUUAUAUCUUAAACAUACAUCAACAAGCGACAAAAUACAAACUUCAAGCGGUGGACCGAAGUUCAAUCACGAAUAUGUUCCAUUGCUCGAAUACUUCUUCGCAGAGAACCCGUUUCCGACUCAUGCCGACAAAGCCUUCCUUGCAAAGAAAUCUGCAAUGACGUACCGUCAAAUUCAUGUUUGGUUUCAAAACAGACGCAACAGAAUGAAGAAAGAAGGUCAAGUGUUGAGAAAGAAAGCAGUAGUCGAGGGUGCCACUCUUCCUUUGGAUAGCCUUUACCGGCGUAUGGAGAAAUUCAUUGUACCGGAAGAAAAGAAGGUGCCCACAUCGCCUCCCAGUCCUCUGCAUUCCCUAAUCAAGCAAAGAGAUGAGAUGAUGUCUAUCGCAGACGACCGAUCCAAUGCGCUCGAACCUCUGGCACCUUUGCACGCAUUUCCAUACUCGUAUCCCCCUUCAUGCUCAUAUGAUCCUUUCCCAUCAAAGAAUGGUGUGACGAAUUUCGGUGCACCAAAGUGGUUCCGGCGCCCGAUGACCACAGCUGUUCGAUGUCCUACAUUAGACAUCGAUGGUCUCGUAGACCGCUUCUCGAGGAUAAACAUUCUGGAUGAUUCUGGUUUGCGUUCACGCUGCAGUGUCGAUUCAUAUGCAGCUGUAGCCGCCAUUACAAUUAUACCCUUCCCUGCGCCUCUACCUGCCCUUAUUCGAGGAACAGCUACGCGUAUUGCACCCAUCCGUGUUCCCCUACUUUCUGUUCCUGCAACAGCAUCUCGCCGCCAUGUCUUCAACACUCCCAGUCCCCAAUCAAGACCUAUCACAUUGAUGCCGGCCUCCGAGACCCCAGGAGGGCAGAAGGCCCGCCGCCGAAAAAUGGCACCAUUACCAAAACGCAUCCCUCAUAGAGACCCGGUUUCUCACCGGGGUGUCACGCCAGCCGUUUCAGAGGCAUCUAUCGCCUCACCUUCGCCAUCAUCUUGCUCGCGGUCGUCUUCAUUCGGGUCUGAGAGUUCCUCACAGAGUCGCCUAUUCUCAAGUGCGAGCUCCAUGUCGAGCAGUUCCUCUGGCAUCAUAACGCCUCCUCCAUUUCCCUCACCUUCAAUACAGGCGUCUCCUCCAACGUCAUUGUACAAUUUUUCUUCAAAUAUGACAGAUCUAUUUGGCGAUGCUUUGGAAAGCGUUCCCUCACCGGUGGAGGGACUUCAGCUCGACUUCAAUUCAACUAUAUUCGGGCAUGAGCACAUUCCGAAGUCGUCGGCGUUCGACUUCUCUUUCGGUGCGCCCCCAGCAGCGGAUCCUGUUCGCGCACCACCAUGAACCACUUUGUGGUGGGAGUCCACGGAGUUCGUUCCAGCAUGCUCCAGAUAGAGCUUGCUUUCUACCUUUGGCACGUCAGGCCUUACUGCUGCGGAACAUCCAGCGGUGACGAAGGGCUACGGCAGCGUCCUACUGCAUCCCUUCAUCUAAUACCCUGAAGCGGAUCUUAUGCACUAUGCAUGUCCUAUGUCUAUGAUAGCACAUCUUGACCUGUGCUGUAUUAUAUUGCUGUCUAAUCACUGCUCUUGUUUUUAAGUGUUUUCCCUUUUGCACAAUAUCUUUGCUUUUGCUCAUUCGAUGUUACAUAGUCAUUGCUGUACUGAUCUUUGUACCUGUUGUUGUAUGCUGUAAACAAUUGCAACUGAAUGCUGAACGUAUCCUAGACGUGCU